AUGCGGAAUCUGGGCGACGGCGGCGGGGGAAGUCCCUCCUCACUCUCGAGUUCGCCCUCCCUACGGGCGGAACCGGCCUCCGUGGGGGCGUUCGUGGCGCGAACGGUCGAGGUGAUCGCCAACGCACGCGAAAACGGUGGCUUCACCGGGGCGCUAAGGUACUGUGACCUGCGGCCGCUGCUGCAGCGGCUCGGCUGCGCCUGGGACCUGGAGCGCCUCGACGACUGCUGGUACGACAUGGUGCGAGGCCAGCCGGCGUCCGUCGUGGACGACAUGCCGUGGGCGGCGCGGUGCAUUCAUGACCACCUGCGCGGCGACCAUGUGGAGUUUCCCGCGAGAACCCCGAGCACGCACUCGUGUGGGGAAGUAAGCGCCUUGACGCCGCAGCUGCCUGAGCCCGAUCCGCCGCACACACGGCCCCCGCAACAGCAGCAGCAGCAGCAGCAGCAGCAGCAGCAGCAGGCGUCGAGGCAGACACACGACCCGGAGAGGCGGCGUCUCAGCACACCACGCCGUGACGCGCGUUUUGCGUCGCCGACCCUGUCGAGCGUGCGACGCUCCCGCCCCACUUCCAUGCCGCUUCGGCGGGGGCAGGCGGGGGUGGAGAAGCUUCCCAGACGCGGACGCACACCCUCGCCCAAGGCGCCAACCGGGGAGGUUUUCCGCCGGCUCAUAGAAGACGCCGACAGGCGGCGGAGGCGGGCGGGAGCGUCGCCGCCGAUGUCGACGGCAGCCGCGGCGGAGACGCGAGGGGGAGUGACGGCGCCAGCCACGGCGAGGGCGGCGUCUGAGGUUCAGUCGCCCUCGACGGCGCGGGUUGCCGGGCACCCGUCCUCGGCGGGCCAAAAUUGGAACAAGCCUACGAAGUCAUACGCAGCAAAGUUGGCCCCUGAGGCGGCCUCUGUGGAGCAACUGGGGGCUGCGGCGCCCACGCCCCACGUGGAGCGACGGGACCCGCUUGGACCCUCGCAGUACGUGCCGCCAGGUUACGUGGAGGCGGUGGCGCGGCUGCGCCGCUUCGCCGCCUCGCGCAACCACUCCCAGUUUGUCGAUUCCCUGCGUGCCACGGCGCCAGCCUCUGCCGCGACAGAGGCGGCGAUGGAGCGAGCGCCCAUCCUGCGCUUGCCGGUCUCCGACGGUGGUGAGGGAGCGUGCGCCGUCGACGUGCGUCUGGCGACGCCUGCUCGCUCCCGUCGCCUUCUGGUUUCACAAGAGGUGCCGUACGACGACCCAUCGCGGGUGCUGCUUCAGGAAUUCCUGCGCGGACGACGUCGUGCGAGGUCCCGCGGCUAG